AUGAUUAGACUAAUCAAAAACAAUGUUAAUAAAUUAAUUGUAAAUAAUAAUAAUAUAAUAUCAAUUAGAUUAUAUUCAACAACAACAAUAUCACCAUCAUCAAACAUAACAAAUAAAAGAAAAUGGGAAAUGCCAAAAAUUGAAACAUCAUAUGAUACUGGCAUUCAAGUUAAAAACAGUUUAGCAAAUCAUCAAAAGGUACCAUUGUUAAUUUCAAACUCUAAUAUAAAAAAUCAAAGACCAAUAAGCUGGUAUACUUGCGGUCCAACAGUAUACAGUAGUUCACAUAUCGGUCACGCUAGAAACUAUGUUACUGUUGAUAUCAUUCAAAGAAUUUUACAAGACUACUUUAGAUUAAAUAUAAUUCAUGUUAUGGGUAUGACCGAUAUUGACGAUAAAAUACUAAUUAAAUCACGUGAAAAGCAAAUUUCAGCAUCGGAACUAUCCAGAAUAUAUGAAAAAGAGUUUAUUGAAGAUUUAAAGUCAUUAAAUAUUAAACCACCAAUGUUUACCACCAGAGUUUCAGAGCAUAUGGGCGAAAUUAUUAACUAUAUCGAAAAAAUUAGAGAUAACAAUUUAACAUAUGAAUCAACUAAAUCAAUUUUUUUCAAUGUCGAAAAGUUUGGAUUUGACAGAUACUCAACACUAAGAGCAAUUAAUGAACAUGGAGAAUCAAAGGAUCUUGUAGAUGAUACUAAAAAAUCGAAUCAAGAUUUUGUAUUAUGGAAAUCAUUUAAUAAAGAUUUAGAUUAUGAUGGUAAAAAUGAAGCUGUUGGUUGGGAGUCUCCAUUUGGUAAAGGAAGACCAGGUUGGCAUAUAGAGUGUUCUGCAAUGAUAAACUCAAUUUUUGGUAAUCAUUUAGAUGUCCAUUCUGGCGGUAUCGACUUAGAGUUUCCACAUCAUCAAAAUGAAAUUGCUCAAUGCGAAGGUCAUCAUUCAGAAUGUAAUAAAGAUGGUUCAUAUCAAUGGGCAAACUAUUUCCUUCAUGUAGGUCAUCUCCAUUUAAAAAAUGUAAAAAUGUCAAAAUCACUCAACAAUGUAAUUACAAUUCGUGAUUUUCUUGAUAAAUAUACUCCAAAUACUUUACGUUGGCUCUGCCUAAUUCACAGAUAUACAGAUCCAUUGGUAUACAGCGACGAAACUUUAAAACUAUGUGUCGAAAAAGAAUUAUUAUUUAUAAAUUGGUUUAAGUUUGUUCAGAAUAAAUUAGAUGAAGAAUUAGUAUCAGUAGAUAAAGUUAAAAAAACUUUUAAUGACUCUGCAGCAUUAUUAGAACAAUUAAGUAAUACCAAAUUAAAAGUUGAAAAAGAUUUAGCAAAUGACUUUGAUACUCCAGCAGUCGUUGAAAGUUUGCAAUCAUUAAUGAAACAAACUAGAGAAUCAAUUGACACAAUUGAUACUGACCUUUUGUAUAAUAUUCAAGACUAUAUUAAAUCAAUUUUAAAUGUUUUUGGUUUGGAUGUAUCAAAUUUAUCAAAUUUACCAACCAACGUAGGGGACAACACAAACGAAUUCUUAUUGGAAACUUUGAUGGAUCUUAGAUCAGAUUUGAAGAAACUAUUAAAAGAUGUACCAAAUUCUCAAGACCCAUCCUUUAAAGAAAUUAAAUCAAAAUUAUAUAAAAUUACCGAUCAAGUUAGAGAUAAAUGUUUAUCGGAAAUUAAUUUAAAAGUUAGCGAUAAUGCAAACAACGACAAACCUUAUACACUAGAAUGGUUAGAUAAAAAUCAAAUGCAGUUGCUAAAUAUCAAAAACAAUAAUAAUCAAAAAAAAUAA